GUGCGCUCUCCGCGCGCCGUCAGCAGCGCGGGCUGGGCGUUGCCAGCUCGGCGUCCUGGUUCCCUUGAAGACAGAGCCGGCCAGGGCGGCCGCGGCUGGGCAACGACGACAGCGGAGCCUCUGGGGAAGCCAAGAUGCCGUCGAAGGGAAAGGACAAAAAGAAAGGCAAGAGCAAAGGCAAAGACACGACGAAGUUAAUAAAAACAGAUGAAUCUGUGGUGGACAGAGCCAAGGCCAAUGCCUCCCUUUGGGAGGCCAGGUUGGAAGUCGCAGAACUCUCUAGGAUUGAGUAUCGUGAUACUUCACGGAUACUGGCAAAAAGUAAUGAGGACUUAAAGAAAAAGCAAUGUAAAAUGGAGAAAGACAUAAUGUCAGUAUUAAGUUACCUGAAGAAGCAGGAUCAGGAGAAAGAUAAUAUGAUUGAAAAACUGAAACAGCAAUUAAAUGAAACAAAGGAAAAAGCCCAAGAGGAGAAGGAUAAAUUGGAACAAAAGUAUACCAGACAAAUUAAUGAACUAGAGGGACAGUUCCAUCAAAAAGCCAAAGAAAUUGGCAUGAUUCACACAGAGCUGAAAGCAGUAAGACAAUUCCAGAAGAGAAAAAUCCAAGUGGAGAGAGAGUUAGAUGAUCUGAAGGAGAAUUUGAGAAACACAGAGCGGAUACAUCAGGAGACUCUUAGAAGACUGGAAAGCAGAUUUUUUGAAGAAAAGCACCGACUAGAACAAGAGGCUGAAAAGAAGAUAAUAAUGCUGGCAGACAGAGCCCACCAUGAGGCUAUUGUGCAAUUGAACGAUGCUGGAAGAAAUGUUUUUAAAGAGAAUGUUUAUCUCCAGAAAGCUCUGGCAUAUCACCUGAAGGAAACUGACGCUCUACAAAAAAACUCCCAGAAGUUGCAAGAGAGUCAUACUUCACUUUUAAAUCAAAAGGAGAUCAAUGAUCUGUUGGUUAAGGAAAAGAUUAUGCAACUUGUCCAGCAGAGAUCACAAAUCCAAACGCUUCAGAAGAAGGUAGUAAACUUGGAGACUGCUCUGAGUUACAUGACCAAAGAGUUUGAGAGUGAAGUUUUAAAACUGCAGCAACAGGCAAUGAUAGGGAACCAAGCAGGUCAGGUAGAAAUUGACAAGCUGCAGCACCUUCUUCAGAUGAAGGACAGGGAAAUGAAUCGUGUGAAGAAGCUGGCCAAGAACAUACUGGAUGAGAGAACAGAAGUGGAAAGAUUCUUUCUAGAUGCUCUACACCAAGUGAAGCAACAGAUCCUAAUUAGCAGGAAGCAUUAUAAGCAGAUAGCACAAGCUGCUUUCAAUUUAAAAAUGAGAGCAGCAUGUGCAGGAAGAACAGAAUAUCCCAAAAUCAGAACAUUUGAUGGCAGAGAGCACAGCACCAAUAGUGUGAAUCAGGAUCUUCUGGAGGCCGAAAAAUGGACACAUAUUGAAGGAAAUGUGGAUAUUGGAGAUUUGACCUGGGAGCAGAAGGAAAAAGUAUUACGAUUGCUCUUUGCAAAAAUGAAUGGCUGUCCUUCUAGGAAAUACAACCAGAGUUCUAGGCCUCCAGUUCCAGACUAUGUUGUUUCUGACAGUGGGGAAACAAAGGAAUUUGGGGAUGAAAGUAAGCUUCAAGAUAAAAUCUUCAUCACUCAGCAAAUUCCAAUAUCAGACUCUUCUGGUAAAGUGGUGCUACCCACUAUUCCAAAAGGACCUCAAGAGUCUGACACAGUAAGGAGUCUGUAUCUAAUCAAACAAUACAUAUUGUUGUCACCCUUCCCCAUGUCGUUUCUUGCUAAAUCACAGUUAUUUUCUCUACAAGUUAAGAGACUUCAGGGAUCAGUGGAAUGAGUAAUAAAUAGCAUUAGUAGAUUACACAAAUUUUUAAAGCAAUAUCCAUACAAAUGCAUAUUAUACUAAUGCAAAUGCAAAUGUGUGCCUCUUUUUGUGUGGAAAUCUAUAGGUUGCCUUUUGAAGUAAGCAGCCUAGCCAAAAUGUGUCCUGGUAAGAUUAAACCUAGUGACCUUGUGAUUCUUGGCUUUCCAUCACAGGUGGGAAGUCAGUCAUUACAACCUAGAGGACAAAGUCUUAUAAGGAAAUAUGAAAUGAUUUUUUUAAGCCAAGUUUUUCUCUUUAAGAGUUUUUAAUUUAUAAUUUGUUACUCAUAAUCAAUUAGUACAAUGUAGAAUCUGAGAAAUUUCAAAUGAAGCCACAUUAGAACAAAAAGAAAAGAAACUACUGACUUUUUAGCUGCAAUCACAUGAAUAUAACUGAUGAGUUUUUUUCAUCUAAGAAAUAAGAAACUCUGAGCAGCAAAUAGUUGACCAGAUGAGUUGUUUCCAAUUAGAGCAGCACAAUUCUGAUUAGUGUGUUUUUUUAGAAGUGAUUUCCCUUAAAUAUAAGGAAAAUGUUAGGAGUCUCUGUGACUACAUUUAAUUCCACUUAGAAUAUAGACAAUAAUGACCUUUUAUUUAACCCAGCCUAUAGUUGUUGGAUUGGAUUAAAUUUCACUACCAGGGCCAGGCGCGGUAGUUCAUGCCUGUAAUCCCAGCACUUUGGGAGGCCGAGGUGGGCGGAUCAUUAGGUCAGGAGAUUGAGACCAUCCUGGCUAACAUGGUGAAACCCUGUCUCUACUAAAAGUACAAAAAAUUAUCCGGGCGUGGGGGCAUGCACCUGUAAUCCCAGCUACUCGGGAGACUGAGGCAGGAGAAUUACUUGAACCCAGGAGGUGGAGGUUGCAGUGAGCCGAGAUCGUGUCGCUGCACUCCACCCUGGGCAACAGAGUGAGACUCCAUCUCAAAACAAAACAAAACAACAAAAAAAAUCACUACCAGUUGCCAGCUGUGAUAAGAGCUAAAACAAGGGGCACUGUAGUCUCAAAUUAUAAAUUUCUAUUGCCUCAUAUUUAGGAAAGCACAAAAAAGAAAAAGGCCCAGUAGGAUCAUAAGUGUAUUUUACAAAAGAUACAGUCACCUUAAGUGAUUGAAGGUUUUGACAUUUUAUCCAGCCAGGUGUUAGUAAUAAGCCUCAAAUCCACAGGGUACACAACAUUUUCAAGGUCUUUUUUUUUUUUUUAUCAUCCUUAAUUCAUGAAUAAACCCCAUAAUGUAGGUUAGUUAGUACUAUUAAAGUGACUAGUAAGGACGCAGGAAAAUAAAAAGAGGAUUCAAUUGGGAUGGUACUGCAAAAAGAAUCCAUUCUGUUCAACACAUGAAUUUCUGUUCUGACCUUAAGUUUAGAUAUAUCAAAGAAACAAAAAGCAUAAAGGCAGCUGGGGGUGGUGGCUCACACCUGUAAUCCCAGCACUUUGGGAGGCCAAGGCAGGCAGAUCACCUGAGGUCGGGAGUUCGAGACCAGCCUGACCAACAUGGAGAAACCCCAUCUCUAUUAAAAAUACAAAAUUAGCCAGGCAUGGUGGCAUAUGCCUGAAAUCCCAGCUACUCAGGAGACUGAGGCAGGAGAAUUGCUUGAACCCGGGAGGCGGAGGUUGCAGUGAGCCGAGAUCACACCAUUGCACUCCAGCCUAGGCAACAAGAGCGAAACUCUGUCUCAAAAAAAAAAAAAAAAAAAAAGCGUAAAGGCAGUUGAACUAAUGGCAGAAGAAGACUGUCAAAGCAUUUUUUUUUUUAACCACUUUAUGUCAUGAAAAGCUUCAAAAUUUCUUAGGCCCGGUCCGUUGCUCUACAUGAAGAAUUCUUCAUU